GUGAUAUUUUGGUGUUGCACAUGCUCUUCCGGUUGAAAAUAUUUUAACGUAAUUUUCUCGAAAUGUUCUAAACAUUUUCUUGAGUAAAAUGGGGAAGAAUAAGAAAGGAGGAUCAGGCUUAGGCAAGAGUAUAAUAAAGGAUAGAUUCGGUGGACAAAAGACGAGCAGGCAAAGUAGUGAUUCAUUCUUGCACACUAGUGAGUUAGAUGACGGUUACGACUGGGGUCGUCUCAACCUACAGUCUGUCACUGAGCAGAGUAACCUUGAUGACUUCCUGGCUACUGCAGAACUAGCGGGAACAGAGUUUACUGCCGAAAAGUUAAAUGUUAGAUUUGUGAACCCAGAGCAACCAAAUGCAAUCUUGAGUAAAGAUGAGAAAGAAAAGAUUCAGGCUACUCAAGAAGCUAACAAGUCACUCUUAAGUAUACCAAGAAGGCCUAAGUGGGAUACCAGUACAAGUGCUGAACAGUUGGAGAAUAUGGAGAAGGAGGGAUUCUUGAACUGGAGGAGAGCCUUAGCAGAGUUACAGGAGGUGGAAGGAAUUGUUCUGACACCAUAUGAGAAGAAUUUGGACUUUUGGAGGCAAUUGUGGAGAGUCAUAGAAAGAAGUGACAUUGUAGUUCAGAUUGUUGAUGCUAGAAAUCCUCUCCUCUUUCGCUGCGAAGAUCUAGAAAACUAUGUUAAAGAAAUCAGCCAAGAGAAAAAGAACAUGAUUCUGAUAAACAAAGCUGAUCAUUUGAUGGAAGAUCAACGUAAAAUUUGGGGAGAGUUCUUUGGCAAACAGGGAGUGCAUGUUGCAUUCUGGUCUGCGAUGGCUGAGAUACAGAGAGUUAAAGAUCUUGAGGCUGCUGAGAAUGAAGACAAAGAAACAACCAAUAAUGAAAUGGAAAUUGAAGCAGAUGUGGAAUUAGACUCUGAUAAUAGUGAUGAUGAAAAUAAUGAAACUGAAAAUGAUGGUGAUAAUUCUGUACCAAAUUUAGAACAUAAUGCAUCAAAUGAUGAUACAAAAGAAGUGCCUGAAAGGACUAGUGAAUCAACCAAUAGUCAGUUAGACACUGGUCAUACAAGCCAUUCAAAUUCAGAGACUAUAGCCCCAUCUAUUCCAAUAGUUAUGGAACAGUUAUCAGAGACAUCUAUAGAAGAUUCUGUGAAGGUUGAUACGGAGGAAAGUGUCAAUGUCAUCCCUGUAAAUAACAAUAGUAAUUUAUUGACUGGAGAUGAGCUAAUUGAACUCUUGAAGACAUUGCACACUGGAAAGAAAGUACAAGAAGGCCUCACUACUGUAGGACUGGUUGGCUAUCCCAAUGUGGGUAAGAGCUCUACCAUCAAUGCUAUACUGCAGUGCAAGAAGGUGCCUGUAUCUGCCACACCAGGGAGAACUAAACACUUUCAGACCCUUUAUGUAGACAAGACGAUAAUGCUAUGCGAUUGCCCUGGUCUGGUGAUGCCGUCAUUUGUCUCGACAAAGGCUGAAUUGGUUGUCAGUGGAAUACUUCCUAUAGACCAGAUGCGAGACCACAUACCACCUGUGGCAUUUGUUGCUAACCAUAUCCCAAAGCAUAUCAUAGAAAGGACGUAUGGAAUCAACCUGCCCCUGCCUCGUGAAGGUGAAGACCCCAAACGUGAUCCCACUGCCAUGGAGAUUCUCAACUGUUAUGGCUAUAUGAGGGGAUAUAUGACCGCAAGGGGAGUGCCAGACUGUCCAAGAUCAGCUAGAUACAUCCUCAAAGACUACAUGAAUGGAAAAUUGUUGUACUGCCAUUCACCACCAGAUGUCCCUCAGGAUCAUUUCCAACCACCCCUAGAAAUGGACUGUUCCAAGUCUGAGGAAAGUGAUGUCACUAAUAAGAAGCCUGGUUGGAACUCAAGCAGUCAGAUUAGUGGUGCUGAUAUGGACAAAGCAUUUUUCCUGAAGCGAGAAAGUCAGCUGCAUCGUAAAGGUGUCCAUGGUGACAAAGGAGGCCUAAGGGAGGGUUUACAGUCCAGUAGCUCCUCAGUUAAUGACAAACCAUGGAAGAAACAUUGCAAUAAAGGGAAGAAACAAAAACUGAGGCGAAUACAUACUGAUCUAGACAAACACUGAACUCUGAACAUUUUUAAAUCUCUGUCCAUAGAAGAAACUUUAUUUUUCCAGUAUUCGGGGGUCCAUUUUUGGAACAGUCGU